CAGGGGGGACGGCACCAUUCCCAACCUGCCGUCGGGCAGCGGGAUGGGGGGGCACCCUGAGGUGCAGGAACAACAAGUGCCACCCCAUGACACUGUCACCACAGGUGACCCCUUACCUGGGGGAGCACCAGGUGCCCGUUCCCUUGGGCUCACCCAGCACCUGGACCUUGCCCAUGGGUGUUUUUUGCUCUGUGCAAUAUCCAAAUACUUUUCCAGGGAAGAGAGAUGGAAAGAGGAUGUUGCAUCCCCCCCCCCUUUUCUCCAACCAUCCUGUGAUAUUUUCCUGCACCCCUGGCUAUUUGCUGCUGCUUCCAAAUGGAGCAGUGACUUGAUGCCAAACCCCAGGGAUCAGCAGAGGCUGGAGAACAGCCCCGCUUCCCACCGGCCAUGGCCCCAUCUCCCUCCCGGGCUCUGGGCCACGCGUGUCCUCCUCCUUGGUGUCACCGUGUGGGUGCUGUCAGCCGUGCCAAGGGGCUGAGCUGGCUCCAGGACAGGCUUUGGGAGCUGAGUCUCCAUCACCGAGCCCAGCAGCGGGAUCUGCCACAGAGGAGGCUGUGGAAGGGACCCCUCUUACCCUCGGAUCGGUGCAGAGAGAACAGAGCUGCAGCUUUCCUUCUUUUUAAACCGUUUUUUUUUAAUGGAAUUAAUUUUUCGUACAUGCUUUUGGAGCGGUCCCAGGGAAUCUUUCGGAGCAACCCCAGAGGCUUUUCUUUCUCGUGCCGCUGCAGGAGGGCUGAGAAGCGGAGCAUCGCCAUGCCCCUCUCCCGCCACACCGGCCAAAUCCCAGAGUCCAACUGGACCUUGGGCUUCAGGGAGAUGACGGAGCCCUGGAAAGGCGCCGUCGGCUGCCUCGGCGUGGCCGUCUUCUUCGCCAUGACCAUCGGCAUCAUCUCCUGGCAGGCCCUGGAGCAGUCCCCGGAGGAGUGGGUGCUGCGGGGCCGGGCCAGCGGGAUGCUGUGGGAGCGCCGGCGCGGGGCCCUGGUGCUGCGGGCGCUGCCGGCGGGGCGGGCGGUGGCGGCGAUCGCGGUGGGCGGCGUGCCGGCCGCCGAGCCCCCGCCGCCGCGGGACCACUGCUGGCACGACGGCGGCCAGUUCUGCUACUCCUGGGAGGAGGACGCCGAGCUCCGGCUCUCCCUGGAGCCCCCGGCGGCCCCCGGCACCGAGUGCUACGGCGUCCGCUGGACCCCCCUGCGCCCCGACGUGACGCUGAAGGAUUGCUUUUCCAUGGCCAAUGUCUCCUGGUACGGCGGGCCAAGCAUCCGUGCCCAGCGCUGGCCCCUCAACGGCGCCGAGAGCCCCGCGCAGCCCUUCGUCAGCGGAGACCUCGGCGCCAACCCCGACGGCUUUGGGCCUGUCCUGGACAGGUACUUCCUGGGCUCGACAGGAGUGACGGUGACGGUGGCGCCCGACGUGCCCCUGCUCCUGUCGCUGGAGAGCCACCGGCACUUCUGCCUGGAGACGCCGGCGGGCCGGGCGGAGCCGCUGCGGUACCUGCUCUGCAUCGGCACCGACGUGGCGGCCGCGCACCGGCACAGGGGCAACCCCCCGGCGGGGCCGGCACGGGCACGGCCGGACACGGCGCUCCUGGGGUCCCCGAUGUGGCGGUACCACGGCCCGGAGGGUUCCGCCGCCAAAAUCAAGCGAGGUUUGAGGUCGCUGGUGAGGAGGUUGAAGCGGCACGGCCUUCAGGAGGGGGUCGUGGCCCUGGGGGAGCGCGGCACCGCCAUCCUGGCCGCGGCGGAGCACGUGCCCUCGGAGCGCAGGAAGAGGCAGGACCCGGCCCUGGUGGAGCCUCUGCAGCUCUCCAUCACUCUGUCCCCCUACGCCAGCAUCACCUCCCCGCUCUUCCUGCAAUCCCUGCACCGCGGCGAGGCCGCGGGAUACUGGCUGAGCCGCCAGCCCCGACCUGGGGGCAGCACGAUCCCACUGCUGACCACCUGGAAGGGGCAGCUCUGUGCCCGCCUGAACGUCACCAGCGAGGCGGCGCUGGCCUGGUACCUGGCACGUGCCCGGCGCCUGCGGCAGGCGCUGGGGGCCACACACGUGGCCUUUGAGGGAGUCGAGGGUAAUUCCUUCCUGGAGCAGGAUGUCCCACCUCCCGCCGAGCUGGCAGGCGAUGGAUACACCAGGGUGUUGGCGGCAGCACUGGCGACACUGGGCAAUGGCACCGUCGUCAGCGCCGGGGCCGGCUCCAGUCACCUCCCUCUGUUCGUCCAGAUGAGCCCCCUGCGCUCCGACUGGAGCCACGCGGGGCUGAAGGGGCUGAUCCCCUCCGUGCUGCACUACAGCCUCUUGGGCUACAACUUCUUCAUCCCUGACACUGUAGGAGGGAGCCUGGCCGGUGACUCCACGGGGGACCCGGAGCUGUUCGUGCGGUGGCUGCAGAUCGUCACCUUCCUGCCCGUGAUGGCCUUCGGGUCCCCACCCUGGCUCUGCUGUGACUCCUGGGUCCUGAACCUGACCCGCCAAUGCAUCCAGAGGCACCGGGACUUUGUGCUGCCGCUCCUCCUCAAAUACAGCGAGGAGUGGCAGAGUUUGGGACACCCCAUCUUCCGUCCAGCCUGGUGGCUCAGCCCCACGGAUCCGACCGCCUUCACCAUAGAGGAUGAAUUUCUCAUUGGAGAUGAGGUCCUGGUUGCUCCCAUAACAGAAAAAGGACAAACGUGGAGGGAUGUCUUCCUGCCUGGAGAAGGGCACCUCUGGCUGGACACCAGCUCUGCCCGUGUGUUUGAUGGAGGCACCAUCCUCAGGAAUUACUCUGCCAGCCUGGCCGAGGUGCCCGUGUUCGUAAAGACCUCCUGAAUCCAGCCUGGGCAGCUCCUGGACGGUGACCUCGGAGAGCAGCGCUGGCCACAGGCUCUUCCCUGACACUUCCAGACUGUUUGCACUUUUCCAAGAGCCUUUAUUUUGUUGUUUUUUCUUUUUUUAUUUCAGGAAAAAUUGUUUGAGUUUUCUUACUCGCUGUUAUCCGAAAAUAACAGCAAUAUGGCUCUGCCACCACCAUCCACCCACAAUGAAUGCUCACCUGUAUCUUUCCAGGGUUUUCCCAUUGAAAUAUUUGUGUGAGUGCGUUUAGGUGGACACAUCCAGUGUUUCCAGAUCCCUGGCAAGGUGCUCAGAGAGGCUGCCUUGGCCAGGGAGUGGAUUUUCCGGGGAGAUAAACAAACAUCAGCUUAUACCCGAUGGGAAGUUUUGUACUGAGUGAAAAAAAAAGUAAAUCCAGGGAAAACUAAACAGGACAGCUCUGUUCAGCUUACACCAAAUGGGAAGUUUGGGAUUUAAUGAGAAAAGUAAAUCCAGGGAAAAAUUAACAGGAUAGUUCUGCUCCUGUGCGUGGCCCCCUCCUGUGCCCGGCAUUCCUUGCUUCUCCCACCGGACACUGGGUGUGUUUGCCAGGAGUCUCUGGUAGCAAGAGCCCCCCUUUGAGGAUAAUCUGGGAAAAUGGGUGAACUCCGGAUCUAUUUGAAGCAGGUUUAUGUGGAAGAAAAAUAAAUUCACUCAAGGAAAGGAGUGGCUCUACCAGAGCAUGAUGUGGACAUCCAGGAUCCUUGCCCACAAGCUCCAGAGCUCAGCACUGAGCCCUGUGAGCCCCAGGUCCUGUUUUUCACCAUCUGUUGAAUUUUAUGGCUUCUGUUCCCAAUUAUUUCUAGCAGUGCAAGAGGGAUCCAGUGGGAUCAGCCUCCUUCCAUCCAGCACAGGACGUAUCCAUUGGCAAAAUCCAUGUCCCACGUGCUGAACGUGCAUUUAGGGAGAUUAUCAACUACACUGAUAUCCCAAGUUAGGGAUAAAUGGGACAGUGCAGGUUAUUGGGGUGAUUCCAAAGGCUGGCAUUUAGGGACAGGGACUGGGUGACAGCUGGGAGGGAAGUGAAGGGCAAGUUUUGGCCCUGGGGCAGGGCUCGGGCACCUCCAGCACUGAGUGGCAUCAGCUACACCUUUUUUUGUGGAAAAUGUUCCUGUACCAAGGCGUGGCUCCGCUGAAAAAAUGCUAAGGGCUUCCAGCUUUUCCCAGCAAAGUUUCCCCGGAUAAAAUUGGAGGAAAGGCAAAAAAAAAAAAAAAUUCCAAAUAAAUCAAAUUCAGCUGUGGAAUCCUGGGGCACGGAGAGGGGAAGAGCCCGUGGGGAUGUGGGGAGAACCCCCUGCUCCUUCCUUGAUCCACAGAGGCACAUGAUGGGGCUGGAGGGAGCACAGAGAGGGAAAGGAUAGGGCUCAUAAGGGCAACCCAAGGCACCCCCACGGCCUGGGGUGCUCCAAAAUACCUGUGGAGGCUCCUGAGACAGCAAAAAGCACAAAGGGAAAUAAAGGAAGCGCUGGCUAAAGUGACAUUUGUUUAUUCGGAGGGAGUCAAACCCCGGAACGGGAUGCCCAGAG